AUGCCGUGCGUGUUGCCCCUGCUGUCCCUGCGUCUGGGCCGCCUGUGGCCCCGCAGCCCUCCCACCCGGCUCCUCGGAACGGCCGCCGGGCAGCGCCCUGAAGAAGUUAAACGAGCUUUCUUCACCAAGUCCAAAGAGCUGCACCCCGACCGGGACCCUGGGAACCCGGCCCUGCACAACCGCUUUGUGGAGCUGAGUGAGGCAUACCACGUGCUCAGCCAUGAGCACAGCCGCCGCAACUACGACCACCUGCUCCGUUCGGUGAGGCCCCCAAAGUCUCCAGGAACGGCAGCCCAUCCUAGACCGGCCCAGCAAGCACGCAGCUCCUGGGAGCCCCCCAAUGCACAGUACUGGGCCCAGUUCCAUGCUGUGAGGCCGCAGGGGCCUGAGGCGCGGAAACAGCAACAGAGACGCAACCAGCAGGUGCUGGGGUACUGCGUCCUGUUCAUGCUGGCGGGCAUGGGCCUGCAUUACAUCGCCUUCAGGAAGCUGCAGCAGGUGCAUCGGAGCUUCAUGGACGAAAAGGACCGGCUCAUCACUGCCAUCUACAAUGACACGCGGGCCCGGGCCAGGGCCAACAGAGACAGACUCCAGCAGGAGCGACUACAGAAACAGCAGUUGCCCUUGCCAGGGUCUCCCCAGAGCCCUGGGAUCGUUACUCCUGGCGCUGACCCCUGA